AUGGCAGCCUCUCCAGUGAUUGGAUCCUUUGUGGCUGCGGACUAUGCAGUCUUUGCUCUGAUGCUGCUGGUGUCUGCAGCCAUCGGGGUGUACUAUGCCAUCGUCGGAAGGGGCCAGAGCAGCUCCAGAGAGUUUCUGAUGGGGGGCCAGAGUAUGACAGCCGUACCUGUGGCUCUGUCCCUGACUGCCAGCUUCAUGUCGGCUAUCACAGUGCUGGCCACCCCAGCCGAGGUGUACCGAUACGGGGCAAGCUACGGCCUCUUCAGCCUCUCCUAUGUGCUGGUGGUGGUGGUCAGCUCAGAGGUCUUCCUCCCUGUCUUCUACAGGCUGGGCAUCACAAGUACCUAUGAGUAUCUGGAGAUACGGUUCAACAGAGCCACCCGUCUGUUAGGGACAGUGAUGUUCAUUGUUCAGACUAUACUAUACACAGGAAUAGUCAUUUAUGCUCCAGCUCUGGCAUUAAACCAAGUGACUGGGAUGGAUCUCUGGGGUGCUGUCAUUUCAACAGGAGUGGUUUGCACGUUUUACUGCACUAUGGGCGGUCUGAAGGCGGUGGUGUGGACGGACGUGUUCCAGGUGGGCAUCAUGGUGGCAGGCUUCCUGUCUGUCAUCAUCAGAGCCGUGUUCCUGCAGGGAGGAGUCUCCAACAUCCUCAACCACGCAGAGCUCGGAGGACGACUCAACUUCUGGGACUUUGAUGCUAGUCCACUGAGGAGGCACACCUUCUGGACAAUCACAUUUGGAGGCACGUUUGUCUGGACCAGUAUCUAUGGGAUUAACCAAGCCCAGGUGCAGAGAUACAUCUCUUGCAAAUCCAUGACUCACGCCAAAAUGUCUCUCUACAUAAACCUAUUAGGACUGUGGGUCAUCAUGCUGUGUUCUGUGUUUGCGGGGCUGUGUCUGUACUCCGUCUACAAGCACUGUGACCCCUGGACAGCAGGCAUGGUGUCAGCGCCAGAUCAGCUGAUGCCAUAUAUGGUGAUGGACAUCCUGAGAGACUACCCUGGACUGCCAGGAUUGUUUGUGGCUGCAGCCUACAGUGGGACCCUAAGUACGGUAUCGUCCAGUGUCAAUGCUCUGGCUGCCGUGACUAUUGAAGACCUGAUCAAGCCGUACAUACACAUGUCAGAGAAACACCUGUCCUGGACCUCUAAAGGCCUUAGCUUUCUGUAUGGGGCUCUCUGUAUUGGAAUGGCUGGCAUAGCCUCACUCAUGGGAAGUCUGCUGCAGGCAGCUAUCAGUAUCUUUGGGAUCAUCGGGGGGCCUUUACUGGGUCUCUUCUCACUGGGGAUCCUCUGUCCAUACGCCAAUGCCACAGGGGGCUUGGCUGGUCUGCUCUCUGGGCUGGUUAUGUCUCUGUGGGUGGGGAUAGGGGCCCAGUUUUACCCUCCUCUACCAGAGCAGAGUAGGCCUCUGGGUCUGACCACACAUGGCUGUAACUUCACAACCGCAGCCGAUGCGUUCAACUGGACCACAUCCCCAACAGAACCAAGCCUAUAUACUACAGUACUACAGCAAAAUACAGCAGAGAGACCCUUCCUGGCUGAUAACUGGUACUCCCUGUCUUAUCUCUACUUCAGUCCUAUUGGGUCACUUACAACACUGGUUGUUGGACUGUUGGUCAGUCUACUUUCAGGGGGUAUGAAGUUGAAGUUGGAACCAAGGGUGACUUUGAUGAAAGAAGAUACAAUGUUAUUUUGCUUUUACAAGCUCUUUAAAGCAAGGGCCAUGAGACGAGCAGGAAAGCUGGACCUCACAAAAAACAGAGAGAACAAAUGUGGAAACAAUAACCCCGGCUUCUGCGAUGUCCACGAGUUGGAUUUCACAAAGAGCAGUCUUCCUACAUAACAUACUGAUAAAACCAUGACUUAACAGUUGCUCUUUCUUCUCAUACUUCUCCCUCCGCAGUGCCGCUGUUUUUCAUGUGACUCAUGAAUGUCCUGACAGAUUGUAUCAAUAUCUCAUCUAUAUCCUCAUAUUUCUAUAUACAGUGCCUUCAGAAAGUAUUUUAUUCCACACUUUGUUGUGUUACAGCCUGAA